GUACACACCGGACGAAGUAAUCUUUUUAUAGCCAAUCGCUCCAUAAAAAUAAAAUAUAUUUGUAUCUAUCGUGAGUUCCAGAUUCAAGAUCGUUUAAAAAAAAAACCUCUCAAAACCACAACCAUCAUUACACUUAGAUUGUGUGUCAAUAGUGUACCUUCUUUAUAUGGAAAGACUUGAUCGUGAAUUAACACUCGAUUUACCACUAAACAUGAAUUUAGAUACAUUUGCUGCACAUUUCUUUAAUAACCCAUCAGAGUCUGACAAUUCGGCAGCACGAUCGGUUCAGAUAUUAAACGGAACCGGCAAAGCUACCAUCACUUCAUUUCAAGACUUACCUAUUAAUCGACCAACGACAACGGCGGUCGUAGUGGGUAAUCAAUUUUUUCAAAAAAUCGGUGAAACGCUAUUUGGUUUUGGCGGUGGUUCGAAUAGUGCGCCAUCUACCGGUGUUAGUCAUAGUAUUCGUAGUGUAUCAAAUAGUGAUAUUGCAUCUUCAUCUGUUAGUAAUACAAUGGAUAUCUUACGGAAUCAUAUUGUAAUAGAUUCAGCUGAUUUUGGAACUUCGGCGACUACAAAUGCAGCCGCUAAUGAAUUACAACAACAAUUGGAAUAUGACAAAUUUAUGAAUGAAAUAUGGAUUGGAAUUGUUUUGACGUUGAUAAUAAUUUCGAUGGUGUUUUGCAUUUGUUCGUGCUUUUUGUAUCAUCAAUUUAGACAAUGGAAGAGGAAUUAUCGCCAUAACCUCCGUCAGACACAAGAUAUCGAAUCAGUUAAACUGAAUCCUGAUAACGAUGACCCAGUUCCAGAAUAUACUUUGGUCUCUGGUCUACCAUCGUAUGAGGCAGCUUUGGAAUUAAUGCAGCAAACUACAACUGGCCGCAACACGAGUGGCAACAACAUCAUGAAUGGAAAUGGCUCCUGUUUAAUUGUCUAUCCAUCGGCAUUGUUCGGUGCAUUCAUGGUGAACGAGAAGGAGUCACUUUUGUCAAUGUCGAAGGUUCAGGAAGUUACAGCAACAACAACAACAACAACAACAACAACAAGUGAAGCAACAAUACCACAAUCACCAUCAAUUGGUGGUGGAGUAACGACGACGAUGGCAACAACGAUACCCAUGACAGAGAAUGUCAAGUGUCAAAAUAUUGUAGUACCUCGUUUGGCAUUGCAACAGUAUACGAUACCAAGCUAUGAAGAAGCGAUGGGUUGUCAGCCACAGCAAGUACACCAGCAACAACAACAACAACAACAAGUGAGUGAUACAUCCGAUACAACGUUGACGUCAUGUGUGAUAAAAUCACCACCAGUAUCAAGCCAGACAUGGUCUGAGGAUGAUACAACGAAAGUUCUACUUUCUGAGAAAAAAUAGAACAAGAGAUGAAAAAGAUUGUCUAUUUUAAAGAAGAACUGAAAAUCGACUGACGUUUUAACUAUCCUCACAAAAAAAAAAAAACUGAAAUCAGGAUAGAAAAAACACCUUUUGUGAUCCUUAUAAACAAGCUAAUGAAAAUAUUGUUUCUGCAUUUUGCUAUGUUUUUUUAAAUAAUUAUUCUUUGUUGUAUGUUGUGUUUUUACUUUGUUUGUUUGCUUAAAAAAGCUGUGAUUGUAAUGAAAUAUUUAUUUAUUUUUGUUAUUUAGAUAAUAAGAAAUUUUUAAAUAAAAUAUUUUUGAUACAAUUUUAGAGAAUAUUUUAGUUAAGUAAAAAAAAAAGUAAUGUUAACUAAUUUUAGUUUUAUACAAAAUAA